GAAAAAAUCAUUUCGCACCCAAAAGAAUAUUUAAACGAAAAUCCCAAAAACCUUAAAGAAAAGAAAAAAAAAAAAGAAAGGCAAAAAUCAGAGAAUCGACGAAGAAAACCGAGGAAGCUGCGGGAACCCUAAUAUCACGAGAAUAAACAAAAUUCAGGUAGGUUUUGAGUGGAAAAUGGGUCGCGACGAUGCGAAGCUGAGCUCGGCGAAGAUGUCGUACCAGAACGCGAAGGCGGUGGGGAACCAUCACGAAGAGGCUCGGUGGGCGAACGUGAUCGGUGACAUCUUGAAGAACAAGGGAGAGUACGUGCAGGCUCUCAAAUGGCUCAAAAUCGAUUACGAUGUCUCCGUCAAGUACUUGCCUCAGAAGCAUUGCCUCCCUACUUGUCAGUCUCUUGGGGAGCUCUAUCUUCGCCUCGAAUAUUUCGAAGAAGCUCUCUUUUAUCAGAAAAAACAUUUGGAGCUUGCUAAGGAUACGAAUGACCUUGUUGAACAGCAAAGAGCCAGCACCCAACUAGGUCGUACCUACCAUGAAAUGUUUUUAAGAUCUGAGGAUGACCAUUGCUCAGUUCGGAAUGCUAAAAAGUAUUUCAGGUCUGCUAUGAAGCUUGCACAGACUCUCAAAGAGAAUCAACAUAGUAAGAGUAACUGUUCUUUCCUCAAGGAAUACAUUGAUGCACAUAACAAUAUAGGAAUGCUUGAAAUGGAUCUUGACAAUUUGGAAGAGGCUCAGAAAAUCCUGAGGAGAGGAUUAGAAAUCUGUGAUGAAGAAGAGGUUAUUGAAGAUGAUGACGGCCGCAGUAGGCUCCAUCACAACCUUGGCAAUGUUUAUAUGGAACUAAGGAUGUGGGAUGAAGCUCGGGAACACAUUGAGAAAGAUAUAUUGAUUUGUAAGAGAAUUGGGCAUUGUCAAGGAGAGGCAAAGGGAUACAUCAAUCUUGGUGAAUUACACAACAGGGUUCAGAAGUAUGAUGAGGCACUCUGUUGCUACCAAAAGGCAAUUGAUCUGGGAAAAUCUAUGGAAGAUGAGGAUGCUCUAGUUAGGCAAAUUGAACAGAAUAUUAAAAUUGUAAAAGAAGCUAUUAGUGUACUGGGUGACUUGAAGAAAGAAGAGCAGAAUUUCAAGAAAUUAACUAGAGAGUUGUCCAUUGCGAGAGGAACACCAUGUGAGAGGAAGUGCUUAUUGCAACAAAUUACUUCUCUUGACUGUCUUCUUGAGAAAGCAAGGAUGAUAUAUGCGUGGUCAAAGCUUCGUGAAUUCGCAAAAAGCAAGAAGAGGAUAGCAAGUGAGCUUUGUGACACAGAAAAGUUGAGUGAUUCACUUUUGGCCAUUGGGGAAUCAUAUUAUAAGCUCAGGAAGUUCAGCAAAGCCAUUAAGUGGUACAUGAAGAGUUGGGAAGUAUACAAGUCAAUUGGAAACCAGGAGGGGCAGGCAAUGGUAAAAAUCAAUAUCGGUGAUGUUUUGGACAGUGAUGGUAAUUGGCAAGGGGCACUAGAUGCAUUUGAAGAAAGCUACAGGAUAGCUGUUCAAGCCAACCUUCAUUCAAUGCAGCUUUUAGCACUGGAAAAUAUGCAUUAUAGCCACAUGAUAAGAUUUGAUAAUUUUGAAGAAGCCAGGAGGUUGCAGCUUCUAAUUGACCAAUUGAAGAAGCAGAGUAAUAGGGAACCUGAAACACAAGAUUUGGCAGAGGGUUGCUGCUCUGAGACUGACACUGAAGAGGAGAUUCGUGUCUCAUCAGAAACAAGCAAAUCCAAUUCUAGUAGAUCAAAAUCUGUAGCUGGUGUAGAAGAGUUGAAUGAUGAUGUGCCUUUAAUUUCACUUCUUCGGUCCACCAAAAGACCAUCCAAAAUGGAAACAACAUAUAUAGGCUCACAAAACACUUCCACCAAGCCUGCUGAAUUUUCACCAAAAUGUUUGUCUAAAUCCAACAGUGAUCAGCAGACAAUUGUUGGCCGCAAGCGUGUUCGUGUAAUUCUUUCUGAUGAUGAAGAUGACAUGCAUGAUGAAGUGGAGAGCUCAAAAGGCAGAACUCAUAAUAAUCCUGUAAAGGAUGUCGCUAAAUCCAAUGAGUUUAAAGAUAUAAGUAGUAAAGGCAGCCCUGUUUCUAUUAUUCAGGACAUCUCAACAGUUGAGUCCAAAUGUGUGAACAGCUCCUGCAACCUUGUUAAAAUUGAAGAGAGCUUUAGUUCAUACAAAACUACAAAUCCUUAUGUUUCAACCCAAAGUGGCAAGUGUUUCAGAUCUUCAAGCAAUGAUGAAGUAGCUAUUGCAUCUGGUUUAGCUGCUAGUAGUUCUAAAUGUGAAACUGAUGUCUCUGAAAACCUGUUGCAUAAACAAAAUCUCAAGCCAUGUAUUAUAUUCAAGAUUGGCGAAGAGCUGAUAUGUGCAGAAACAAGUUUAUCUUUCGCUAUUGAUACAUCAUGCAUUGAGGCUUUAAAGGUUGAGUUAGCGUGCUUAUACUACUUGCAACUUCCUGUGGAGAAAAGAUCAGAGGGGUUGUUCCCAAUUAUUCAACUAAUAAAAUUUGGUGAAAGAGUAAUAGAAUCAAUGGAAGCAAUUGUAUCCCUUAAGGAUCAUACAGGAAAGGUCUUUCUUGAAGCUUUCAUUGAAGGUUGGGUUCAGAAGCGCUUGAUAAAACUUUAUGUUGAUUGCUGCAAGGAGUCAUCUGAGACACCCAAUAUGAAAUUGUUAAAGAAAUUAUAUGACUUGGAGGUUUCAGAUGAUGAAGUUGUUGUGUCUGAAUGUGACUUGCAAGAUUUGUCAAUAACUCCGUUGCUGAAUGCCCUGCAUGCACACAAAACAUUUGCAAUGCUGGACCUUUCUCACAAUUUUUUAGGAAAUGGAACAAUGGAGAAACUGCAACAGGUUUUCACAUUAUCAGGCCCAAAAUACGGUGGUCUAAUGUUGGAUUUGCAUUGUAAUCGAUUUGGUCCCACUUCUUUAUUUCAGAUUUGUGAAUGCCCUGUGCUAUUUGCACGAUUGGAAGUUCUCAAUCUCUCUGGGAAUCGCCUUACCGAUGCUUGUGCAUCCUACCUCUCAACUAUACUGGAAAACUGCCAAGCCCUUUGCAGCUUGAACAUAGAACGCUGCUUCAUAACAUCUAGAACAAUCCAAAAGGUUGCUGAUGCAUUGAGUCCUGGGUCUGUGCUUGAACAACUUUGUAUCGGUCACAACAACCCUGUCACUGGAAGCGCUAUCACUAAUUUACUGGUCAAGCUAGCUAAUUUAAAAAGAUUUUCAAAACUACAUCUGAAUGGCCUGAAGCUAAGCAAGCCUGUCAUUGAUAGACUCAGCCAACUUGCUAAAAGCUCAUCUCUGUCAUCACUGAUGCUUGGGGAAACUGGUAUUGGAACUGAUGGGGCAUUACAAGUGACUGAGUCAUUGUUCAAUUUGAACGAGGAGUCCGUAAAGCUUGACCUCUCAUAUUGUGGACUGACAUCUAAAUACGUUCUCAAAAUAAACACUAAUAUUUCUCUAGUUUGUGGCAUUAUUGAGCUGAACCUCACAGGAAAUCCUAUCAUGCAGGAGGCUAGCGAUGCACUAUCAUCACUGCUUUUGAAUCCUCAAUGUUGCCUAAAAGUUUUAGUCCUCAGCGAGUGUCAGCUUGGGGUUGUUGGAAUUCUUCAAAUAGUUCACUCACUAUCAGGUAAUGGCUCUCUUGAAGAACUCAAUCUUGCCGACAAUGUCCAACUUGAUAAAUACCACCCUCCACAACAUGACAUAACAAAACAGAGCUCAGAACUCAUGGUGCCAAACUUCAGCACAUCCAAAUCUUCUCCCAAGAUAUGUGUGCCUGAAGAAGUUGAGCCUUCUCAACCAGAUUUAUGCAUCGUGAACACUGAUUGCAAUCAGCUUGAGGUUGCUGAUAGUGAAGAUGAUCUAAUUAAAGUUGAAGCUGCUACAUUUGGAAUUGAUGACAGCUGUGCAAGUUCAUCUCAAAGAAACUUCUCACCUCCUGAACGCCAAUUUAUUCAAGACCUUUCAACAGCAAUUAGUGAGGCAAAAAAGUUGAUUUUACUGGAUCUUAGCAAUAAUGGUUUCUCAACAGAAGCUGCAGACAUGUUAUAUAGUGCUUGGUCAAGUUCAAGAGUUGGUUCAGCACACCGGCAUAUUAAGGACCAGACAAUCCAUUUGACAACGGAGGGAAGCAAGUGUUGUGUAAAACCUUGCUGCAGAAAAGAUUAACCAGGUUGCUACUACAAUUUCUGCGCAAAAGGGAUUAGCUUAAAGUGACUGGGAGGACACAAUUAACAGGUAUCAUUUGUUUGUUGCUUGUAGCUAUUUUCUGUAUAGUGCUUUCUGCCCUGCUUAAAUAUGGAGUCACUGUCAAGUGAGUAUUGGCUCAGUUGGUAAGCAACUCACAUCUAUGAUUGGGAGGUCAUCUGUUUAAGGUGCCGGCCAGGGAAAAAAUGAUUGUAAUAAUUAAAAAAAAAAAAGGAAUUACUGUUUAUGCAUAUUAUGUUAUUUGGCAUGAAAGCUUGCAAAAAAAAUAUAGGAAUGCUACUUAAAUCAACAUGCAAAAGAAUUUUGAUAAAGCAGGAUAAUGUAGGUUUUGUUGGUAACUUAUUAUGUAUAUGUAAAUUUAAUAGAUUGAUUGAAUUAACUGAUAA